UUUUUUACUUUCUGACAUUUUUUAAAAGUGCAUUGUGAUAUUGCUAGUAGUUUACUAGUAUUUUAAUAUUUUUUUUACAUUAGGUUCUUUAUUUAAUACCGUAAAAUUGUUGAAUAAAUGUUUAGUUUAGGUAACCUAUGUUUAAUAAACUGUAUAAUAGUGUGGAUGGUUGUUAGGAUCUCGGCUUCCUUUUUUAAAUGUAAAUAACAUAACAUAGCCACUAUCCAUACUAUUUUACAUUUUAAAUGUAGUUUACCUAACCUAACCUAACGUAACCUACAAUCAUACAAUUUACAGUGUUUUAGAGCUAACUUAAGAAUAUUUAAAACUGUGAAUUAAUGGAAGUAAUGGAGAGCUCCAGCAAGAAGGCAACGCAAGAUCUGGACGUGGUGCUUCAGCUGAAUGACGCUCUGUUCACCAACUUCACGCCCGCCAAAAUGCUGCAAGGAGACAACAUCCCCCAGCUGGCAGCCUUCAUCACCGAAACACUCUGCAAGCCUCAGAUGUACAAGAAGAGGCUGAUGGUGGACAUACUGAACAGUUUUCUGACCAGUUGGGAGGACGAUAUAGCAGUGCACGACUUGUUGGUGGAAUGUGCGACGUUCUUGUCGACGGCCAGUCUCAGUCGAAAGGAGUUGCAGCCCCUCCGGUGCGAAGACGGGGACAGCUUCUGCUUGUUUGCGACUGCACUGCUCAACCUCUGCAAAGACGACAGGCUAAAGGCAGAAGUCAGCUGCAAUGUGGCCAAGACAUUGUCGAAUUACAAGGAAUCUGAAAACAAGUCGUGGCUGAUCAAGAGAUUGUGGUCAGAGAAAGAUGCGUUAGGCCUGCCCGCGGACGUGGUGGAGGCGCUGGUCCGGGAGCGGCCGGCGCUGCUGGAGGAGCCGCUGGUGGACGCCGCGCUGGCCGUCGCGAGGGUCUCACCGGAGGACUGCGAGGGUGCGGUGAGGGCGGCCCUGGCCGAGCCCCGCCUGGCGUGCCUGCUGCGCGCGGCCGCCCGCUCGCCGCGCCUGUUCCGUGCGGUCACCAGCGUGGCGCACGCCCUGCUGUGCCGCGCGCCGCUCAACGCGGGGCUCCUGGGGCUGUGCCGGGAGCUGGCGGCGGCCGCGGCGGGGCGGGGCGGCAUGGCGCGGCUGCUGCCCCCGCGGCUCCGCGCCCUCGCUCUGCUACUGCAGCUCGACCCGGAGCUGCUCCCGCCCGGAACGCUCGGCCGGAGCGGCGUGCUGCGCGCGGUGGCCGCCGCGCUGGCCGACGACCCGCCGGGCGCCAGCGCGCUGCUCGUGUACCACCCGCGCUGGGUGCAGGCGCUGUCACAAGCGUGGUGACCUGGCUCUACGAAUACCUGGACAUUUUAUAUACAUACAAUUAAUAUGAAAUUGAUCGUAUAUUCAUUGGAUUGCAUCGCUUGUGUUGUAAAUUUAAAACCUUUUCCGAGAUAAUUGUCACAUUAUGUAAGUGGACAGUCUAAAACCAUUCAUGUUUAAUUUGCGACUAUACACUGAAGUGACGAAUCGCACAACAAAAUACGAGUUAGUUAAAGGCUGCUGCAAAUUGAGGGUUUAGUGUCUUCCAGCCCUACCUACUUCUGGGUUCCCCCCCCCUCCCUUCCCCCAAUACCCCAGGACUAUUUCAUGACCUGAGCUUCAGUCACGUGACUCACGACCUGUGGACUGUGUCCCAGCGUCCAAAACGUACAGACUGUGGCAUAGAAAACACUCACUCGUCAUGUAUGUGCUACUGAAGCUUGCGAUGAAUGUUUAGGUUGUGAAAUAACGGCACAUAAGUUAUAAAUAAAACAUGUCAUUUGAAACAA